AUGUUUCGAGAUGUUGAAAAGGAACAGUUCAAAAUAGAAGCCGCUCAAUCAAUAAGUAAAUCUGAAGCUAUCCGGUUAUCCAAUUCUAAAUUCAGGAAAAUGGUUGAUUCCGUGAGUAAACAAGUGUUGACAUUGAAUCAAUGGUUUGAAAAAAAUGGCUUUGUACAUCCAUACAUGGAAGUUAUCAAUCCCUUCUUUUACGACAAAGUUUAUGAAAUGGAAUCAAUAGACAAAUCGCUAAUCAUUUCCUUAGAGAAACAGUUCAAAGACAUCGUUAGUAAAGUGGGACAACUCCAAACCCAAUUGAGAAGGGACCAAUUUGCUUUAGUUCACAAAAUUCAGCCUCACCUUAAGGGUUAA